AUGGCGCCUUUUAGCUUAGAACUUCACGACAAAACCCAUAAUCCAUCCUUGGAUAAUUCAGAGGAUGAAAUUCAAUCUCCUGAUGAAGACUCACACAGAUUUAUAGAUGAUAGCGAUAUAGAAGACGAUGGGGAUGUUCUUUCAAAAUCAUAUAAUUCCACUCAUUUCUCUAAUGCAGAAGAUAGAUUCAUGAAAGAUCACGAUUUGAAAGUGAAGGCUUUCGAAGCUUUGCAUUCACCUCAUGCCGGAGCCCCAUCUUCACCUAAACAGAGAAGACAAUCAAUUAUUGACUUACCUCAUCAUUCUUUGCCAAAACAUUACCAUCCUACUCCGUCAAUGGCAUCCCAUAAUAAUAACCAUACUCAAAACCCUAAAUCAAAUGCCAAUGCUUUACCAGAAGAAUAUCCUUCUGAUGAAUUAAUUGAUUUGUUUAAAAAUGUUAAAUUGUGCCUUGAUCUCAGACAUAAAUACUUGAAAAGAUCUCAUCAAUUUGAUGAAAUGGAAAACCCAAAGAAUAAGGAUGAUUGGAAUAUCUAUCCCCCACCACCAAAACCUACAUACAAGUCGAGAAAUAGAUUCAAUCAGCUUGCAGAAAAUGAACCAGAAGAACAAUUUGAUUUUUCCAAAUGUGAAAUCCCUGGAGGUGAUGACAACUACAGUUUCAAAGUUGGCCCCGAGGAUAAUUAUGAAGUAUGUUACAAAGGUAAGUCACUCGUUGAUGUGCCUACUUUACGUGAUUAUUAUCUUGAUUUAAAUAAGAUUAUUAAAAUCUCAUCUGAUGGGCCCUCUAAAUCAUUUUCUUUUAAAAGAUUGCAAUACUUAGAGGCAAAAUGGAAUUUGUAUUUCUUACUUAAUGAGUACGAAGAAAAUAAGCAAUCCAAGCGUAAUCCUCAUCGUGAUUUUUACAAUGUCCGUAAAGUUGACACUCAUAUUCACCAUUCUGCUUGUAUGAAUCAAAAGCAUUUGUUAAGAUUUAUCAAAUAUAAGUUAAAAUGCCAACCAAAUGAUCAAGUCAUAUUCAGAGAUGGAAAAUUAUUAACCUUGGAAGAAGUAUUCAAAUCUUUGAAAUUAAGUGCUUACGAUCUCUCAAUCGAUACCUUAGAUAUGCAUGCUCAUACAGACACUUUCCACAGAUUUGAUAAAUUCAAUUUAAAAUAUAACCCUAUUGGUGAAUCUAGAUUAAGAGAGAUUUUUUUGAAAACUGAUAAUUUCAUUAAUGGUAGAUAUUUGGCAGAAUUAACUGCUCAAGUCUUUGAUGAUCUUGAGGGUUCCAAAUACCAAAUGACUGAAUUGAGAAUAUCAGUGUAUGGUAGAUCUAUUCACGAAUGGGACAAAUUAGCCAGUUGGAUUGUUGAUAAUAAAUUAUUCAGUCAUAAUGUUCGUUGGUUGAUUCAAGUUCCUAGAUUAUAUGACUUGUAUAAAAAGAACAAUAACGUUGGUACAUUUCAAGACAUCAUUAGAAACUUGUUUGAACCACUUUUUGAAGUUUCAAUCAAUCCAAAAUCUCAUCCAAAGUUACACGUUUUCUUACAACGUGUUGUAGGGUUUGAUUCAGUCGAUGAUGAAUCUAAAUCUGAAAAAUUAUUACAAUCCAAGAAAUUCCCUCCUGCUAGUAAAUGGGAUGGUGCAACUAAUCCUCCUUAUUCUUACUAUUUGUAUUAUAUUUAUGCCAAUUUGACUCCAUUGAAUCGAUUAAGAUUAUCUAAAGGAUUUAAUACAUUUGUCUUGAGACCUCAUUGUGGUGAAGCAGGUGACCCUGAACAUCUUAUCAGUGCAUUCUUAACCUCUCAUUCUAUUUCCCAUGGUAUAUUAUUAAGAAAGAUUCCUUUCAUUCAAUAUUUAUACUAUUUAGAUCAAAUUGGUUUAGCCAUGUCUCCAUUAUCUAAUAAUGCCUUGUUCUUAACUUACGAUAAGAAUCCAUUUUAUAAUUUCUUCAAAAAGGGUAUGAAUGUCUCUCUUUCAACUGAUGAUCCAUUACAAUUUUCUUAUACAAAGGAACCUUUGAUAGAGGAAUACUCGGUUGCAGCUCAAAUUUAUAAAUUUUCAGGUGUCGAUAUGUGUGAAUUGGCUUACAAUUCGGUCAAACAGUCAGGCUGGGAAGCUUCUAUCAAAAAGCAUUGGUUAGGUAAUGAUAUCGAAAAGACCAAUGUACCUGAUAUCAGAAUUGGAUAUAGAGAAGAAACCUUGAAAAUCACACAGCAUCAUGCUCAAGAUAGCUUGAGAUUAGCCAGUAUAAAGGCUUCGAAAGGCCCCGUUAAGAUUGAUAAUGAGAUAAUAUCGACGUGGAACCGGCCAUAA